AUGUUUGAAUUAGACAGGCCUGUAUCUACACUCCCACAUCCCGCCUUAAGGAAGGGACUCGCUCCUCGUGUUACCUCUACAGAGAUUGAAGCUUUUACAGAUGGAUCCAAGUCAAAAGACGGCAUGGCAAGUGCCUUUGUAAUCUUUCAGACCGGUGAGGAGGUUUACAAUGAUUCUUUUGCUCUACACCCGGAAUGCUUUGAUUUCCAAGUUGAUAUCUUCGCUUUAUUGAUGGAAACCAACUGGUGCAAUUCUAUUGUUGUGAACAAACUGAUAAACAUCUUCACAGACAGUGCUGCGACUGUUACUGCUUUGGGGGAUAAGGAUAAUACUCGCCCUGUUGCGAACAACAUCUUUGCUGCAGCUUCUACGUCUUUUAACAAGUAUGCCAUCAAUUGGAUCAAAGGACACAGCGGCAUUCCAGGUAAAAGGACACAUGCAUUCCACAGCGGCAUUCCAGGUUACUUUCUGGCGCGAAACGUAACGCCUAAUCCUGAUACUCCUCCUACCUACAAUCUCAUUCCUAAGUCAAGACUUAAAUACCUUAUCUGGGACAAUGCUUUGGAAACUUGGCAAAUGGAUUGGGACGAGAUCCCACAACAACACAUAACAAGACGUUUUAUCCCAAAGGUAAAGGAACGCGUUCACAGCAAAUGA